UGAAGGCAGCAUGUGGGCAUUUCGCCGCCUCUGAUUGGUCCGUUAACCGCUGUUUUGACCUUUGACGCAGGAAAAUGGCUGCCUGCGACGGGGGUAAAGAUGGUCAGGACAGUAUACUGGAGCCGCUGUGUUUUCCAGAGCAGCCAGCUGACGGUUCCAGUGCUCCCAGUCUGCAGUGUCCCAGUACAGAGCUGCUGGUGUGUUUGUUCUGCUCUGAGUCUGUUCCUCUGAAGCAGAAAGACGUCCUCCUCAAACAUCUGCUGCUGCAACACAAGCUGGUCAUCGCAGAUGUCAAACUCAUCGCAGACCUCCCAAAGUACAUGUUGUACUGGAAAGGCAGAUUCUUGGAGCAACCAGUCACAGAUUUCUGCAGCGUCAUCAAGACAAACUCCACCGGCCCGCUGGAGAAACAGGAGGACUACUUCCUGCUGUGUGACGUCCUUCCGGAAGACCGGAUCCUUCGGGAGAAGCUCCAGCAGAAACGACUGGAGGAGGUGCUGGAGCAGCAGCAGAAGGAGAGAGACGACAGCAGCUUCCAACGUCUCUGCAUGUUCUGCAGCGAGGAGUUCUCUGGAAACAGGUCGUCUCUGCUGAACCACAUGGCCAGAGAACAUUCCUUCAGCAUCGGACUGCCGGACAACAUCGUCUACUGCGAUGAGUUCCUCGACGCUCUGCAGAGCAAACUGGACAAUCUGCAGUGUUUAUACUGUGAGAAAACCUUCAGAGAUAAAACCACACUGAAGGAUCACAUGAGGAAGAAAGCUCACCGCCGCAUCAACGCCAACAACCACGAAUACGACCGCUUCUACGUCAUCAACUAUCUGGAGCUGGGGAAGACCUGGGAGGAAGUGCAGAGUGAGGACGACAGAGAGCUAGUGGACGAGGAAGAUGAUGAUUGGUCGGACUGGCAGGCUCAUCCCGUCUCUGCUGUGUGUCUGUUCUGUGAUCAUCAGUCCGAGACGAUGGACCAGAUCUACACACACAUGAAGGAAACUCAUGACUUUGAUCUCCAUAAGCUGAGGAUGGAACUCAAUCUCAGGUUCUACCAGCAGGUCAAACUGGUGAACUUUAUCCGGCGGCAGAUCCAUCAGAGCCGUUGUUACGGCUGCCAGGAGAAGUUCGACUCCAGAGCCGACGUCCUGCGUCACAUCGUGGCCGAGAGUCAUGCGAUGAAGCUGCCAGAGAUGUCAACCUGGGACCAACCACAGUAUUACUUCCCCACGUACGAGAACGACGCCCUCCUGUGCACGCUGUCCGACAGCGACAGCGAUGAAAGCGACGAGGUAAAUCACGGAGAAGACAUCCCGGUUAUCGCAGAGGACAUUUCAAAUCUCCGAGCGCUCAAACAGACCAGCGUCCUCAACCAGCUGCUGAAGAACAGAAGCUCCUGCAGCUGAGACGACGGACAAACAGUUUGGACUCCUUUGUUUUCUGGACGGUUCUUCUUCUCAUCAGACUGGUUGCCCACACAAAGAUUAAACCUUCCGGGCACGUUUUUCUGAAAAUGUUUAAGCACUUCCACCAUGCUCUGCGAAAAACAAAUUACUUUAUGCAGCCAGAACGUGCACUUUAAAAGCCAUGAGAAGCCUCUUCAGGUACAGACUCAGUAAAGAUGUUGGUGAGCAGUUCAACUGUUGCUAAACUACAUUCAAAUAAUAAAGAUGCAUUGUGAUGUUU